GCUGUAGCUUCCUGUAUUUGUAGCAUUUAGUCAUUGGUUUUUUCACAGGAGCAGGGUUCUUGGUAGCUAUUGAUAUUUAACAUUUAAUGUUGAAAUAUUUAGUAACCAGAAUAAGCAUAUGGACCUAAGUUAGUGCUAUAGUGUAUUGUAUUUAUCACAUAAACAGCAUGUUUUAAUGAUAACCAGUGAGGUCACAGUUGCAGUCUGUAUAAUUCAUCAUCGCAGGAGCUCGGCACACACAGGGUUAAUUGGAGCCUCGCUUUGGUGUAAGUGUACAUGUUGCUAGGCAGCACCGGAGCCUACAAGAGGUGUUGGUUUAGGUCAAGCCAACACUGACUGCUGGCAUAGGUUUCUUUGCUGUGUCUUUGCUUCUGUACAACAGUGAGAGGACAAAAAUGCCGUUCAGUGCGGACACGAUUAAACCUCCGCUGCAUGACCAGAUAACGGAGCUGCAGCGUAAAAUCCAGCUACUGGAGGGCGACAGAACUGCGUACUAUGAGAGCUCUCAGUCCACCAUCAAGAGAAACACCGAGUCCAUCCGCCAGCUGAGGCAGGACAACAAGAGGCUGUACAGACAGCUGGCAGAGGUCAAUGCUGGUGAUGAUAAUGUCAUCAAAGUGGCCUUUCAUAACAGAGGCUUGGAGAAGGACGCCUACCGCAACAUGUCAGGGAAGGAAGCCCUGACAACACUAGAACAGCGGGUGCUGUCUAAGAAGAAGCGUCUCAAUGCCCUAAAACACACCACCCAGACCCACCAUCGCCGCCUGGAAGAGUUGAAGAUGGAAUACCAGAGGAUGAAACCAGAGGGCAGCAAUGGAGCACAGUCUGCUGACGCUCGCACUCAGAAAAAAGAGGAAGAUGCCAUGAAACUGCGGGCGCUGGAGAACAGUCUGGAGAAGACCCAGUUUAAGUGCAAGGAGGCUGAGAACAUCAUGACUAACUAUCAGAAAAUCAAAAGUCACCUGCAGGAGGAGAGUCUGACUUUCCAGGGCCAGUUGGACAGUCUGGAAGCAGAAAUCCUGAAGCACAGAGAGGAGCUCCACAACAUGCAGGUCAUGAACAACGACGCCCAGCUCUCUAAAGAAGCUGCCAAGGCUGAGUUGCAGCAGCAAGAGGAAUUGCUCUACAAGGAGCGCAAGGAGAGAGAGCGUAUUAUUGCCAGCUACAGGAAAAAGGUUGAGGAGCGCAAGGCCCAAGCUGAAAAAGUUGAUAGAAGGGCUCAGAGAACAGCGAUGCAGCCAGAUGAACUGAGCAGCGAGGCCCAGCGCAGCACCCCCAGGGUGGCCGGUGAAGAGGAGAAGGCCAUCUCUACUUUUGAGGAGGCCUUCAAACGCAUCAAGGAGGCCACAGGAGUCACAGAUAUACAGGAGAUAGCAGAGCGCUUUAUCUCACAGAAGGAGACACACCAACAUCUGGAGAAGCUGAAGGAAGAGAACGAGAAGGUGCUGCAGCAGCUGAAGGAGCAGAAGGAGCUCCUGAGGCAACAGUUCGAGGAUAUGAAAUAUUCUGGAGAGGCUAAACUCUCCAGUGACCACCAGAUGCUGGAGGAGUGCGAGCAGCAGCUGCAGGCUCAACAGCAGAGGUGUGAUGCAGGUAAAGAGCAGCUGGAUUGGCUUGUUAAAGCCCUCAGUACUGUCCGAGCCGGAGUGGAGCACCUCGCAGACAAACUUCAACACAUCACGCUGAGUGAGGACACCGUGGCCGAGGUGUCUCCAGACUCAGAUGAGUUUGUGGUAGAGCUGAUGACCCAGUGUGAGCUGAAGUUGCAGUUGCUGCAGGAGGAGCUUCAGGGAAAGGAUACAGCUGCUAUUAUGAAGGAGAUUGAGGAGGAGGAGUUCUACGUCAGGAUCGAGGGGAAACUGCCAGCUUACAACACCCGUGUCAAGCUACCUGAGGACCAAAGACUGGACCUCUUCAAUGACGAGGACGAGAGCGAGGAGGACGAGGCUGACAUCAUCUCAAGGGAGGCGCUGAAGCGUCAGUCUCAGCUGAUCGUUGACUCCAAGUCAAAGAAGAAGCCCUGGAAAAAGAAGAAGGGCAAGUUCUGAGCCACGUCGCAGUCUCAAAAUGGAGUUGAGUGUGAAAUGAGCUUACUAAGUUGCUACAAAGAAUCUUAGUUUUCAAGUCAGUUGUUAGCUGAAAAUGCAAAUGAAAAUAAUUUUUUGGACAUGCUGUAAGAUGAGCACAACUUACCUGAGAUGAUUUUUGUGCCUUUACUGGUUACUUGUUGUAUAACUGUGUUUGUUUUGACAACAGUAAUGUUUUCUGUCAGGUGCCACUGUUGCACCAACACUCGUUUCUCCGCCUCUUUUUCACAGUUCAGAAUUUCUACCUUCAGCUUCAGGGGAAACCAAUAAAAUAAAUGUCUGUAGGUGGGCAGGUAACUUGUGUCCACAGGUGUUCUGUCACUGUCCUGCUGAUGGAAACGUGUCCAUUGUGAAUGUAAUGGGUUUUAUCUCACAAAUAUGAUCUGCAAUUCACUGAAAGCCAACACCUCUGAUGAAUCCAGCCUGUAUUUAAGGGGUGAACCACAUUGAUGAAGACUCUAUGUCCCAGUUUAAGGUGUGAUACAGAGCAGUGUGGUAAUCCUACCCUGCUUGUAGAAAUACAGAGCCAACACCUGAACUAUUUUUGCUAUGUUCAGCAUCUCAAACAUUGCUCUGCUUCUUCACUCAAAGGCUUUGUGGUUGACGGAGCCAAGGUCUUGGGUGUUAGGUGGAUUGUCUUGUGAGUUAUUGACAGAACAACAAUUCUUCAUACCAGAAUGUCAGAUUGUAACCUCUGUUGUCUUAAUUGUUUGGUUGAUGUCUCAGCCGCUGUGAUUGAAUGACUUACAGAAUGUAACCAGACGGACAACUUUCGACUAUGAACUAAAGCUCUUUGAUCUCCCACUGAAUGUGUAUAGGUGUGUGUGUGUGUGUGUGUGUGUGUGUGUGUGUGUGUGUGUGUGUGUGUGUGUGUGUGUGUGCGCGCGCGCAGUAAGUUCAAGGGAAAGUUAAAGAGCAGCUGGAGAGUUUUUAGACUUUUGGUUCUUUGUGUUAGUGACCUGUUAGAGUUCAGUGCUGUUUUAAAUUCACUAGUUUUAUUUUUAGCCUCUGUAAACUCUAGUUAAUAUUAUGAUUUUACCUAUAUGAUGUUUGGAAGGUCAAGAAGAAAGUUGACUUAGACUGCAGUUGUCAAUUAGGCCACAUUCAGGAUAUCCAACAUCGACUGCUUUUUUGAUCCCAACAAAUUACAAUUAUUCAAUCAAUGUUUAGCCUUUAGGUUUGGUAUUAUGUUUAAAUUAAUAAAAGCUAGAUCAAGAUCACCUUUUUUUAAUCUCUACUACUCACAGGUUAUUGCCUUAGUGUGGAUGAUGAUUUUGUUCUUCUCAGCUUUUGUAAGGGUUUUUAUAGUCCUGAAGACUUGAAUAUAUCUUAUAUUUCAUGUGAAGAAGAAGUUAUUUUGGGACCCCCCCAGGUUGGGAAUUGAUUUAGACCAUUGUCAUGAAAUGAAUAAAAAUAAAGUGUAAAAGAAAGAAA